CAUGAGAAUUUUCUCAUUCAGUUUUCGAGUCUCACCAAAUUCAUAUGUUUUGUUUUCGCUCUGUAAAAACAAAAAAUUAUCAAAAUUAAAAAAAAAAAUUUUGUAUAUUCAGUCUGAUCUGUAGUUCUGUGAAAUACUUUUCAUCUUUCGUAAACCCAAUCAUUUUGUUGGCACUUUUCGAAACGACACACUACAGAAGACUGAAGGGAUCCAUAACCAUCCCACACCGUUGAAGAAGAGACCGAAGAUACAGUAACAGAUAUUUUCCGUGCAAGGAAAAGCAUCGAAGCAGCCGCCAAGAUGACUGAGAAUAUUGUGUGCCACAAGUGCAACCAGGCCAUCACCAAGCGGAUGGUCACUGCUUUGGGCAAGACCUGGCAUCCGGAGCACUUCCUCUGCCGCCACUGCGAGCAGCCGAUCGACGAUGCCGCCUUCAACAUCCAGGACGGAGAGCCCGUCUGCACCCAGUGCUUCAUCGAGCGUUAUACCCACACCUGUGCCGGCUGCAAGAAGCCGAUCCUGGAGCGCACCAUCGUCGCCAUGGGCGAGAACUGGCACGAGGAAUGCUUCUGCUGUGGCGGCGCCUGCAAGAAGCCGCUGUCCAACCAGCCCUUCUUUGAGCGGGGAGGCAAGGCCUACUGCAAGCAGGACUACGAGAACCUCUUCGCCGACAAGUGUGCCAAGUGCGAUCAGCCGAUCACCACCAGCGCCAUCGUCGCCAUGAACGUCAAGUGGCACCACGACUGCUUCCGAUGCAAUCGCUGCAGCAAUCCUAUUACCACACCGAACUUCACCGUCGAAGGGGGCAAGCCGAUCUGUCCCGCCUGCGACUGAUUCGAGAUCCUUGCAUUCCUCACCUCCGGCACAUGGAUGUUUUCUGGCAUCCAACCUCUGGCUCACAACUUAAACCAACAACAAACAGGAUUGAAAUACAACACCAAGCACCACCACCCACAGCAAUUGUUAUUGCUGCUGUAAGCAUUUAUAAUUCGAUGUUCGUUUCAGAGUUGAACAAUCGGAAGUUAUAAAUGCUUGCAUCUUCACACUCGACGCCAGUGCCGGCAGUCAACCACAAUACAUUUGCUGCCAACCUUCAACAUAAACCACACUCAAAAGUACACUACACUGACACCGAAUAAAGAACCAAAAACAACACGAA